AUGGUCUCAAACAUAUGGAUUGCGGCUGCUGAUAAUCAAAUCGAUCAAGUCGAGAAGUACAUUACUCUGGGAGAAUUUACCGCCAACGCAAAGGAUCCUAAUGGUUACACACCACUACAUGCUGCAGCAUCUUAUGGACACCACGACCUCAUCGACUAUUUAGUCAACCAUGGCGGGAACAUAAAUAUACAAGACAAUGAAGGAGAUACACCAUUACAUCAUGUUGAAGAUGUGAACACGGCGAAACUUUUAGUGGAGAAAUAUAAGGCUGAUUACAACAUCAAGAAUAAUGACGGAUUAACAGCUGCAAAAUUCAUCGAGGAGGAGGAUGAGUUUCCUGAAAUAGCGACAUACUUGAAGAGUUUGUCGCAUGAUAAACCUGAAGACACGUCUAGUGAAAUCACUCAAGCAAACGAUUUUUUGGAGAGCUUGCCCCAACCUGGAACUGUUGAUGGUCGUGAAAUUAAAUACUCUUUACAAACAGAAGAGCAACAGCAAGGAGAUGAGGAAUUGAGCCCAGAGGAACUAGAACAGAGGAGAAAGAGGGUUGAGGAGAUUUUAAAGAGCGAAAAUCCAGAAGAAGGGUUGAGAGAGCUCAUUACAAACGCAGUGCAUGAUGGACUAGAGCAGCGUCAACAACAAACUGAGGAGGAGCCAACUAGUAAAAGAAGGAAAUAG